CAAAUUUCGAUACUAAUGGCAUAUUGUUUUCGACUCAUCUGCAUUAUCAUUAUGGCAAAUGAUUACUUGAAAAGGAAAUGGGGAAUGUGGUUCAAAGUGAUUGACGGACAACAAAAACACAGGAUCUCACAUGAAGAUAUGACGGACAUAGAGAACAAAUUUGCGAUACUUAGUCACAUGGAUGCCGAGCAAAGAAAACGUAUGCAGGAAAUCCUUGACAACCUGGUCAAUGAAAACGUUUUCUAUGGAAAGCCAGGUCCUGUAUCCAAAGACGAGUUUAUUGAAAUGCAAAACGAGGACUUUAAAACUGACAAGGAUAACUAUAUUGCAAAAAGGCGGCAUUAUUUUACCGUACUAUUUGAGACCAUGAAUGUAUCCGGAAAUGGCAUAACCGAAGAAGAGUUUGUAAACACGUUCAGAUCAGUUGGCCACGAGAAUAUAUCGCUAAUUAAGCAGUUUUUCCAUUCGUAUAAUCCUGAAGAGGGAGUAUUGCCACUGAGCAUCUUAAUCAACUCUUGGGUUCAGUUCACAACCUGUGAGGACAGUUCAAAGCCCGACAUUGUUAAAGCUGGACUAGAAUCGGGUGUAUGAAAAGUUUCGUUGGUAUUCGAUCAAUGAUCGCCGUAGAUAGACAUGAUUGUGUGUUAAUCUCUUAAUCAAUCAGUCGAUCUUUGAUUUGGAAAUUAUAGACAUAAAAAUCCUAUAAUCCUGAAAUAAAAUGGUUGACUUUUAUAUUUGAAAACCGCUUUCUAUAGAAAAAUGUUAUUCAGAAAGUUUUAUUUCUUCAGGGGUUUGAAAACAGACAUAUACCCUAAGUAUAUAAAGAAGUACGGACCUAAACGUAAUUGUGAGAUGUUAUGGGUGUAAUAAACAAAUAUCUUUGUGCAAAACUAUUUUGUUAACAGUACUUAGCGUUUCAUUCGUAUCUAAGGCGAUUUUUACAGAUGAACAGUAUUGGGCUUUUCAUCAACCCAAACGCCAUAAAAAUGAAAUAUAUCUAUAUAUGAUAUAAAAUAAUUGUAGGCACAUACUCAUAAAAUUCAAUCUUUAGUAAAAA